AUGGUCGGAAUCAAGCCCGCUGCAGCCCAGCUGCUCCCCCUCGUCGCGGCUCUCGCAGAGCUCUGCGGCGCCCUCCCUCACCACGACUCCCCCCAGCAGCGUCUCGCCAAAGGGCUCGAGCUUGCCGGCCGAUACGCCAGAAACAAGCCCUACACGCCUGGCCACCGCGACUCCGGCGACCACUUCGUCGACCCCAUCGGCAAGGACCUCGAUCCGCGCCCGUGGCGCAAUGGCAACGGAGCUUCCGUCCUCGGGCCCUACAAUCGCGACCGCUCUCGCCAGAGCCCGGACAUGAUCCGGCCCCCGAGCACCGACCAUGGCAAUAUUCCCAACAUGCGCUGGAGCUACACCGACUCGCACGUCAGAAUCGAGGAGGGCGGCUGGACGAGGGAAACCACCAUUCGAGAGCUUCCCACCAGCGUCGAACUUGCCGGGGUCAAUAUGCGCCUUGACAAGGGUGUUAUUCGCGAGCUGCACUGGCACAAGGAAGCCGAAUGGGCCUUUGUGCUCGAGGGCCAAGUUCGCGUCACCGCUCUCGACUACGAGGGCGGCAAUUUCAUCGACGACCUGAAAAAGGGCGAUUUGUGGUACUUCCCCAGCGGGGUGCCUCAUUCGCUGCAGGGCCUGGGAGAGAAUGGCACCGAGUUUUUGCUCAUCUUUGACGACGGGCGAUUUUCAGAGGAGUCUACCUUUAUUCUCACAGACUGGCUCGCGCACACGCCCAAGUCCGUCAUCGCCAAAAACUUCAAGCUUGCACCCCAAGUAUUCGCCCAUCUGCCUGCCCGGGAAAAGUACAUCUUCCAGGGCUCCGAACCAGGAUCCAUUGACGAGGAAAAACCCAAGGGCAGAUACGUCAAGAAGUCGACCUACCGGUUCACCCACAGGAUGCUCGACCAGAAGCCCAAAGAAACUUCCGGCGGCCUGGUCCGCAUCACCGACUCGACCAACUUCCCGAUAUCGAAAACGGUGGCUGCGGCCCACGUCGUCAUCGAGCCCGGCGCCAUCCGCGAGAUGCACUGGCACCCCAUGGCUGACGAAUGGUCCUUCUUCAUCCGGGGUCGCGCCAGAGUCACCAUCUUUGCCGCCCAGGGCAACGCCAGGACGUUUGACUACGUGCCGGGAGACGUGGGUAUCGUGCCCAAGAACAUGGGUCACUUUGUGGAGAAUAUCGGCAACGAGACGCUUGAGAUGCUGGAGAUUUUCAGAGCCGACAAGUUUCGAGACUUUUCCUUGUUUCAGUGGAUGGGCGAGACGCCGCAGAGAAUGGUUGUCGACCACUUGUUUGCCGGCGACGAAGAAAACGGAAAGAGGUUCUGGGACUCGGUCAAGGACGCCCAGAAGGAUGAGGUCAAGCAGGCGAGCGACGUUGACAAUGACGAUGACGACGAGGGUGAGUUGUAG